UGAUUGGCAACAUUGCGUGAACGUGAUGCAACUUCGUUGUAGGUGUAGUUUGUGUCAAUUGCGUGAUGCGAUGUGAUUAGAGGUCUUCGUUCAUAGCCUUCUGCUUUUUUUUUUAGGAAUGUCAUUCUUCGACUUUUUUCGAAAUUUUCUCGGUACGAACCGUCGCAACGAGCCUGGCACAAGCGGGCUUGGCAAUGAUGAUUCGUAUAGAGACAGUUUUCGAAAUCCAAUUUGGCAGAGCGACGAGGAUGAUGACGACAUAGAUGAUUUUAGGCAUCCUAGAAGUGGCAUGCACUUUAGCAUCUUUAGCGAGCCACUUGAAAUGACACGUUACUUUGAAUCCCAGAUGGAUAAUAUGUUAAAAAAUUUCUUUUUUGGAUUUAAUAAUGGAUUUUUUGGAGAUGAAGCUAUUAAAGCAUUACCAUUUGCACCUGAAAAAAAUGAUAAUUUACGUGACAAAGUGCUGAAAUCUUAUCCUGAUGCACCUGUCACAGAUAUAUCACCUGAACAGAAAAUAGAUACAGAUUUAGAUGGAAAGAUUACUGCAGAAGAAUUUUCGAGAAUGUGGAACAAAGGGAAUGUAGAAACAGUAAAACCUUUUGUACCACGUAGUUUUUCAAUUGGACGGUCUGUUAGAAAAGAGAUUAUUCGUAGAUCUGAUGGAACUAUAGAACAAAAGCAAGUAAUUAGAGACAAUGAAGGUAAUGAGGAGACGAUAGUGUCAAGAGAAAUAGGUGACAAAAAAUAUAUCGUCACUACAAAAAAAGAUAAAAAUGGUGUCGAAACAAAGUCCGAGGAUUUGUUUAAUAUGGAUGAAAGGUAACUUCACACAUGUGUUACACACACAUUUCAAAGGCAACAUGCAAUAUGCCAAUCAAUAGGUCUCAUAAAUGAUAACACUAACAUGGAGUAUAUACGACAAAUACUAAAUGAUAAAAAUAAUUGGCUUUCUUAUUUUGGUUGGCUAUUUAUAUGUAGCAGAUAUCUAUUAUCUGUCUAAAUACAGAUAUAAUUUUAAUAUCUGCUAUAUAGAAAAGAUAAUUAUUGCCACAAUUUACCUGUGGAAUUUUACUCUUCCCAGGGUAAAAUUGUUGAUCAUCUAUAACACGUUAUGUGUGUGCAUGUAUCAUAAUUAUUAAUAAAUUUAAUAUGUACAGUAUA